CAAAGUCAGUCACAAACCUCCAAACAUGAUUAUUAACUGAAUGCCAACUGUUUCUUCUCAUCUUUUUUUCCCCUUUUUUGUUUUUUUUUUCUUUUUUUUUUCCCAGUACUAUAUUUGGAAUUGUGUUCUUUUGGGUGCCCUAUAACCAUAAUAUUAAUUUGGAUUUAUACUGAAGUUUUGUUUUUGUUUUUUUUUUUUUUUUUUUUUUGUUGUUGUUGUUGUUUUUUUUUUAAUAGUACAUGUAUAUUGUUCAAGGAAUUAAAUUGCUGCUUUUAUUUUGUGUGUGUGUUUUAUAGUGAUUUUUUCAGCUCUGCGAAUAGUGGGAAGGGAAGAAAUAAAGCAAUGCUGCAGGCACUUACUGGACUACAGUUUCAGCUCAGAGGAAAACUACAGGAUCAAAAGUGGCCAGACAGGCACCCUCGAGAAGAAGCCCAUGCACAUUAUUCACAGUGUCAUAUGCCAGUUUCACAGAAUCCUGCAUUCAAUGGAUUUUUUCCAGUGGGAACACACUUUUCAUCAAACAAAGCUCCAGCAAUCUCAGAGGUACAAACACACUUGGAAAAUCAGUCUAGAUACCACAUACAGCAGAGCCAGAGGCACCAGGUGAAGCAGUACCUGACCCUCGAUACCAAGCUGUCCAGCCAGACCCUGUCCCUGUCCCACUCUCACACAAUCCAGCCAGUGGGAGUGAGCUCCAUUCUCCGGAGCGGACCCAUGCCUCCAGUGAGCAGUGCUGGCACUGCAGAAAGCCCUGUCACCAAGCUGCUGGCCCUCGGGGGCGAACACGAAAAUGCGAUGGAAGAAGUUAUUGAAGACAUAAUCAAUAUGGAAUCAAAUUUUAAUGAUGAAGGGAUAGGUUGUUCUGAAACUCCUUUACUAAUGCAAAGAACUCUAUCUAGCAGCAUUUUGGAUAUAUAUAACAGUGACCAGGGAAUGGCACCAGCUAAUAUGGGUCUCACAAAUGCUUCUUGUCCAGCUAAUCUACCAGUAAAAAGGGAACUUACAGAAGCAGAUACAAGAGCAAUGGCAAAGGAGAGACAAAAAAAGGAUAACCACAAUCUCAUUGAGAGAAGAAGAAGGUAUAAUAUUAAUUACCGAAUCAAGGAGCUUGGCACACUCAUCCCCAAGUCUAAUGAUCCUGAUAUGCGCUGGAACAAAGGAACUAUUUUAAAAGCAUCGGUAGAGUACAUCAAGUGGCUACAAAAAGAACAACAGAGAGCCAGAGAAUUAGAACACAGGCAGAAGAAAUUAGAGCAUGCUAACAGAAGACUUCUGCUCCGAAUUCAGGAACUGGAGAUCCAGGCACGUGCACACGGCCUUCCAGUCAUGUCUUCACUCAGUGCUGCUGAUUUAGCUGCACAAGUCAUCAAGCAACAGUCUUAUCCAGAGGAGAACUCUGUAGACUACUCUCAACAAAUGACUCUGGUACAUGGACAAAAUUCUGAUGUCUGCGAUGGAUCUACAGCCUUUUCUGAUCCACUUUCACACUUCACAGAUUUGUCUUUCAGUGCAGCUUUAAAAGAAGAACAACGACUAGAUGAAAUUUUAUUGGAGGACACAGUGUCACAAUUUGGAACAGAUCCACUCUUGUCCUCCACAUCUCCAGCUGCAUCAAAAGAGAGCAGCAGGAGAAGCAGCUUUAGCACAGAUGAUGGAGAUGAUUUAUAAAAGCAGUAAGGGUCUCAAACUUCUCUAAACACUUGUUAAAAGACUGAGUUGAACGUAAGCAUGGUGUUUGCUCUUAUUUUAAAUACCUCUAAGGAGAGACACUAUAAAACUCAAUUACUACAUGAUAAGUGUUUCAAUCAGCCCUUACUUCACAGGAAAUAAGAUGGACAUGAAUCCAUAUCAUUCUGCACCAAAUUCACCCUCUGUUCAUAGCCAACAUUUGCAUAAAACUUUCUUCACUGGGAAUAUUUUUGCUAUCACUUGCUGACUUUUAUCAGUCCUAUGAAAAUGGUUACCACAAAAGGAAUACCUGUCUUGCAAAAUUGUAUUCAAACUCUUUUCAGUCUGCUCACACCUUUCUCUCCUACAAAUAUGAGAUUUAGUCAUUUGCUCAUUUCUUUAUUUUUCAAAACUAAAAAUUCUACAAAAUGUGAAACAACAGAGAACUGUUUAAGCUGGGAACUGUAGAGAUGUUACAGGUUUUAAAAUCUAAAAAACAUCAGAUGGUAAUGCUUUCACACAAGCAUGAAUUUUAAACUGUGAGGGUUUCUCUUUAAAAGGAGAAAAUCCAGUAUGCUUUCCAUGCAAUGCCUUUAGUUUCUUUAAUUUCAUUUGUAAUAAAAGAACACUCUUUUAAGUAUCUGUUUUAAUGACACAGAAGAAAAAUGGAAACUAACAUAAUGACAGUGAUUCAAAUGAACUCAGACAGAAAAAGACACAGCAUUGCAGCAGAAAGACUGUGUGGAUAUACAAGACAGCACAGACACUCCAUGUUACACUUAGCACAAUUUAAAACAAGCACUACUUGUGACAGUGCUAUGUCAGCUACUUAUUCCAAGAAUAUUCAAACUGUGUCCUUUUUUAUAUGAAAGAAAUUGGAAUUCGGAUACAAUACUGGGCUGCUGGAUGACACUUAGUGUCCUUUGACAGCACAGUGAGAUUUUUCCAAAGGGACUCUAUCUGUACAUGUGCUUUUGAUCCAUUUGGAAGCAGAGGAAAAUGACAAGAUUCCCAUUGCAUGCACUAUAAACAACAAUAAUUUAAUUUCAUAUUUGGCUUUGGACUCUCUGCAGAAAAGCUUGAAAGGAAGACUUGUCAAACUCUAGGCAAUACUCAGAAACACUGAUGAAAUGCACUACCUCUCAUAACCAGCCUGCUAGGGGGUGUGUUCAGAAAACUCACUUCUAUACACAGUGAAAUUUUGGAGAGUGAUGUACAUUCCUGAAGAACAUUAAGUGCAAUCAUUCCAAUUGUAAUAUUAAAACAUGGGAAAAUAAUCUGGAACAGGUUCUUCAUAGGUCUUUUUCAAUCAAAGCCAAAAGAUCACAUUAGGGAGGAGUUAUGGUUUAUCCCCACGCGGCUACCAAGCCUCACGCAGCCACUUGGUCACUGCCUGGCCAGAGUGAUCAGGGAGAGAAUUAGAAGCGUAAAAUCUGGAAUGGUCCUGGGUUGAGAUAAAGACAGUUUAAUAGGGAAAGCAAAAGCUGUGCACACAAGUGAAGCAAAACGGGGAAUUAAUUCACUGUUUCCUGUGGGCAGGCAGCUGUUCAGCCAUCUCUAGAAUAGAGCCCCAUCACAUGUAAUGGUGAUUUGGGAUGUCAAAUGCCAUCAUUCUGAACAUCCCCCCUUCCUCCUUCUUUCCCCAUUUUAAGUACUGGGCAUAAUUUGAUGUGGUGUGGAAUAUCCCUUGGUCAAUUAGGGUCACCUGUCCUGGCUGUGUGUCCUCCCAAUCUCCCACACACCCCCAACUUCCAACAGUGUGUCAGUAGGAACAGCAGAAAAGGCCUUGGCUGUGUAAACCCUGCUCAGCAGCAGCACAAACAUCUCUGUCCAGCACAAAUCCAAAAUACAGCCCCAUACUAGUCACUGUGAAGAAAAUUAACUCUACCCCAGCUGAAACCACUACGGGAGUUCUGUAAUGAUUCAAAAUAUGUUUCUAAAGUGUGUAUUAAUUUUGCUGUCACUGAGCUUGCCUCACUCCAGAAGUGUUACAGGUUUGGAAAUAGUAAGAAGAGAUUAAAGUGGAUUACCUUUUGCAUGAACACUUUAAAUUUUUAAAAACAUACUAUCCAAAACCAGAGCAAUAGUUUCUUACUAUUGCCUCUUUUGAUACUGGUACCUGGGCCCCCUGACAGUCAUUGUGAGGGCGUUUGUGUUCCUGCCAGGCCAUAGCACAUGCCCGACCGACCCUGGCAGUGUCAACAAUAGUUUCAUAAUUGCAAAAUUAGCAGCUGGAUAAAAAAAUCACACUCAGAUGGCUGUGAAAGACAAUGGUAUGUCCAAUUUCACAAGAAUAUUUAUAAUUUUAGGAAUCUCAAGGUUUCUAUGAGUUUGGGCAAACUACUUGGUUGUAAGGUGACCUGUAAGCAUAGACCUGACUAUUAGAAGAGGCUUUGAUGCACUCACACUUCAUGGAUAAAAAAAUCGACAAGAGACAGCAUUCUGGUAAUUUUCUUUUGUUUUGAUUUGGUGUUUUUGUUUGUCUUUUUAUCUGUUUGGGUUUUUUGGUUUAACUUUUUAUUUUUUUGUUGUUGUUCUUAUUGUUUGGGGUUUUUUUUGUUGUUUUUGGGGUUUUUUUGUGCUUUUUUUGUUUUGUUUUUAUAGCAUAUGAGAAAGACAAACAAUUUAAUUGGAUUAAUUGAGGAACCACUUUGUCAUAAUUUUAUCAAAGAUAAUUUCUUAUAUUGACUUCUGAAUACAACACAUGAUGAAUUAAAAGUAAUAUUUAUGCCCAUAUUAUGUUUAGCCUAGUAUGAGUAUUGUCCAUUUCAGCAGAUGAAAGGAAGGGCUAUUUGGUUAAUAUCAAAUGCCAUUUGUCCUUGUACUGCAGUUUCUACUACAUUAGUUUUAAAUACACCAGUGUGGAUUGCUCAUAAUGGAGAAAAAGAAAUUAAAUAUGAAUGUAUUACAUGAUUUUCCCAUUGAACUUUUACAUGUGAGUUAGACCAUACUUCUGAAUAUACUGACUUUAAAUAACAUCCUCAAUUUCAUCACUUUUAUAAGCACUGUUCUAAAAAAAACAUUGUAGUGCAUCCAUUAAAUUUUUAAAAGUUGAUUUUCAUUCUUCUGACAAUUGCUUUAGUCUAAAGCACCAGAAUUUUUCUCUCUCUCCUUGCAUGAGAAACUUAAAAUAGUCAAUGCUCUUUUUGCAAGGUACUGUAUUGCAUCUAUCAUUAAACAUAUUCAGGCUGUCUUCCUUCACACAAAACCCUCAGCUCCCUUGUACAUCAAUUCUUCUAGGUGUUUACUUUUGCAAUGGUAAUUCACCAAAAUUGCUUUUUUUUUUUUUUUUGUAGUAGGAAGUCAUCAUAAUUAGUAUUUCAGCUAAUAAUUAUAACCUGGAUUACAGGUUCACCCUUGAAAUUCAACGGUGGUACAGACUGCAAAACCAGACUAGGACAUUCUGGGAAUUCAUAGAUGCUACUGAGGUAUUUUUAGGAGAUGCAUGUGCUGGUAGUCACAUCCCAGACUUUCUGUAAUAAGCACUCCCUUUUCCACCACAGUCUUGGAAAUGGUGCUGUGAAGCUGAGAGAACUAGGGCAGAGCCAAGCCCAGUCCUACUAGCUUUCUCAGAGGAAAGGGAUUUCAUAACUACGGGGACAGAUCCUGACAUUUUCUGUCAAGCAGAAUGUCUUUGCUGUCCAUGCAAGUUUUAUUGGGCUGCGUUGUGAUGCAAGAAAAAUAUAAUUUUUAGUAAUUUCCAGCAGAGAUCUGUUUAGUGAAAUCUCAUGAAAGAAAUACAUAAUAUUCCCAUGGCUCUGGGACUAAAAACAAUUUGAAAUCUUACAGAUUUUGACCUCAAGCAGGCCAGGGGGUAGAAGCACCGGCUAUUUUUCUCAAGGUGUAUUAAAUGAGGAGUUAUUGGUAGUUUUCAGUAGCAUCUGUUCAAAGCUGGUGGACAUAUUCAUACAGAAUCCAUGAAACAGCACACUGAUAAUUACAGAAAAGGAAAGGGAGUUGAAAUAUUAACAUCCUGUUUAAUUCAUGACAUGGAUAUAGAUGCUAUACUAAGAAAAGAAAAAUAAAUUAUUUAAUUGUGCAUAGCAUGGAUAGUGUGAAAAGGUACGGUAAGUGCAAACAGUUUGAACAAACAGAAACACAAUUGCUUUAUAUAAUAAAAUUAUUAAAUAUAAUUCAGUUGAUUAAUCUUAAUAAGAACAUUGAUAUUAUAAUGCUUUCUGAAUUUAAUAGAACUGUAUAUAUGAAUGGAGGAUGUAAAAUUAUUGUAAUUUAAAAUUAUGGUAAGUCUCUUAGAUAAGUAAAGGCAUUUACGUUGCUAUUAUGAGACUGUAGAAUAUUUUUAUAAUAAUUGCUAUUUUUCAUUGUUAACCAUAUAGUAUCUUGUUUUCUAAGUCAUUGUAUGCAGACAGAAUAUGCUUUCUUAUGCACUAUAUAUGCAAUCUUUUUACAAUUAUGUUUUAUACUUGCUGGCAUUUUAUGUUUAUUGUAUGAAUAUAAUUAAAGUACUGAAAUGAAAA